GUUUUCUUUCUGGCACGAGAGCACCACUACUGCGGCCUACGUGCCUAGCACACGUUACCCUCCCUGCCGCCCUGUCUCGUCAGAGAGAACACUGUGCUUUCCUCCCUCCCCACGGCGGUACGGACUCCUAAGUACCGGCGAACCAGGUACACUACCCUCCACAUUGCCGUCCCAUCAGAACGGCUACAUAGGUAUAGGUAGCACGGCUGGGAAUCUUAUUGCUCCAAGGGGCCGUUGCAAUGCCACUUCGUCUACAACCACAACCACCACGCAGACUACCACCACAACAAACCACUCUCAUUGCCGUCUUUUCUCGCCCCUUCCUCCUGGCCAUGCUCUCUUGCGCGUUGCAGUAGUUUCACAACGUCCGCCCAGCAUCAUUAUGCUCCUCAGCCCUCUUGCACAGCCGUUCAUCCCACUUCACAGAAUCUCUCCGAACACCUACGCCCGACAGACUCUCUUUCCCGCUUACCCGCCCUUACGAGGCUCGACUCUGAGCAGCUUGGUCCUUGGUUGAGCAGGCGUCGGCCCUCAAACAAACGCCCGCAGUUGAUGGGCUCAUGAGGAUAUACACCUGAAGACGUGGGUGUAAUGGGUAUCGGCACCCUGGGCCCCCGCUGUCGCCUUCUACUGCCAACAUGGCUCCUCCCGCACAGAAUGGGCCUGAUGGCUCAUCACUCAAACCUGUCUCCUCAUUGAGGGCGCAGUUCGAGAACAUGAACAAGAACGGUGAAUUCGCCGCGGCCGCGCCUGGCCCCUCCCCGCCUCGAGCCAUCUCCCCGGCCCCGAAGCCAGAGUUCCUUCGAGAUGCGAAACCCUCCUCCGAAACCCUGCCGGUCCCCCCGAGACCGCGAGACCGCACGAGUAUCUCGGCUCCAUCACUACCCCCUCCGCUGCACGAGCCGGUCCCUCGCUCGCCCGGCCGACCACUAGGUGUCCCUCCCACCCUGAAGCCCGAGCCGGUGAAGGCUCCCUCUGUCAUGGUCGAGCCUCCCCAGUCUCCUCCCAAGAACCCCGUAUCGAGGUUCGCGCAUGCGGAGGUGCCGGCAUUUCUGAAUGCGGAGUCCGGCUCCUCUACUCCCAGCACUCCUACUUCGUCGCGGACUUUCAAAAUUCCAAGCCGGCCACAUACCCCCUCACUCGAGUCGCGGCGCUCACCCAGACUCUCGGCCUCCCAACCCCCUUCACCGCCACCACCGAGGAGGUCAGUGGAUAUUCGAAGAGAUAAUAAGCCUGCCGUGCCGCCGCCGAUCAACCGGGCCGAGAAGCCGUCGAUGCAGUCGCAAGCGAAACCUCCCUUCUAUACUGACCAACAGUUAGCUGCCGAUGGCAGGGGUAAGAUUAGGGAGGAGACGUCGCCUUUCAGUAGCCCGCCCGGAAGCCCUGACGGUCUUCACGAGCCGCCGCCCCCUACCCUGCCUACCAGGCCGAAAGCACAUAUCACGCAGAUGGAGCCGCCGCCGCCUCAGCGUGGAAGACCAUUGGACGUAGGCUUUGCACCGCCACCCGUUCACCACUCCAUCAUGACGAAGCGGAACCAGCGGGAUCAGGAAGUAAACGGCUUCGUCAAGGGGCAGAUUACACCCCAGAUCACUGGUGAUCGGCCGGGACUGCCCGCUCUUCCAGCGAGACCGCAGACAAUCGCGGAGCCUCCACCACGGCCGCCAGUGACUAUGAAGCCUCCUCCGCGGCCUCCACGGCCGGGCGUCAACACGCACGCCGUCACGCACUCCGUUUCUGAGAUUCAGCCUCCACCGAAACGUAUUGUCUCGACUCCCACAGCGCAUCUGCCGCCCCCAACCAGGCUGCCGGGCCGCGCGAACACUGUGACGGACCGAACGUCGGAGAGGGCCGCUCCUCGGCCAUCGCCUCCGCAACCACCUCAAUCUGUGCAGCCCGCGCAGCCGCAGCCUGAGCCGACAGUGUCGUUAAUCCCCUCCAGCAAUACCUCAAAGGUCGAAAUUAACGGAUCCACGCCAAACUUUCCUGACCCAGCAAACGUGAACCGGAGACCGCCCUACAUCAAGCAUGGCAUGCACGAGAUCCAAACCAAGUACGACCCGCGCACGUUUGACGUUUGUGGCGACCUCGUCUGUACGACUGGCCACCUUACACGCGUCUGGAGCCUUCGGGACGGUGAGCUAUUAAUGAGCUUCGCCCACGGCGAGGGCAUCAAAGCUACGACGGUAGCUUUUAAGCCCGGCACGAACGUGGACGAAGAAGGAAAGCGAUUGUGGAUUGGCAACAACUUUGGCGAGCUUAUGGAAGCCGACAUUGCCACGCAAAGCGUGGUUGCCAACAAGCCUGGAGCUCACGGACGGCACGAGGUCGUCAAGAUUUAUCGCCACUUCAACGAACUGUGGACGCUGGACGAAACGGGCGGUCUACUCGUCUGGGGUCCGGAUGAUACGAGUACGCCAAAUCUCACGAACAACCCGCAUCAGGCCUUCCGGGUGCCCAAGGGUCAUUCGUUCUCCAUGGUCAUCGGAGACGAGCUGUGGCAUGCAACCGGCAAAGAGAUACGCGUGUUCGCACCAACGUCGGAUGGGCAAGUUCAGUUCCAAGUCCUGGUCCGCGCUCUUGCGCAGGACGCUGCGGGCGAGGUAACUUCCGGAACGCAAGUGCGAUCGCAGCCGGGCAAAGUGUUCUUUGGCCAUGCCGAUGGCAAGGUAUCUAUAUACAGCACACAAGACUUUGCUUGCCUCGGUCUAGUGAAUUUGAGCUCCUGGAAGAUCAAUUCCCUGGCAGGAGUUGGUGAUCAUUUGUGGGCAGGCUUCAACACUGGCAAGGUCGGCGUGUAUGACAUGGAGUCGACGCCGUGGGCUGUCAAGAAAGACUGGCAGGCGCAUGAGAAGAACCCAGUCGUCAAGCUCGCCUCGGAUGUAUCGAGCUGCUACCGGCUGGACCGCCACCAGGUCAUCUCGCUCGGUGCCGAUAACAUGAUUCGCGUGUGGGACGGCCUGCUACAGGACGACUGGCACGAGACGGAGAUGAAGGCCAUGGACACGCAGUACUGUGAGUUCCAAGACCUCAAGGUCUUGUGCAUGACUUGGAAUGCGGGCGCCUCGACGCCUCACAGUCUGCGGUACGCGCAGGAGGAUGCCGAGUUCAUCAAGAGCCUUCUGACGGCCAACAGCUCCCCAGACAUUCUCGUCUUUGGGUUUCAAGAGCUGGUGGACCUGGAAGACAAGACAGCAACAGCUAAACGAUUCCUAAAGGUCAAGAAGAAGGAGGGCUCAGACCAGGAGCGCAUGAGUCAUCAGUACCGCGACUGGAGAGAUUUCCUGCUCAAGAGCCUCGACGAAUACAUGCCGCCGGACUGUUUGUAUCAUCUCCUACACACUGCCACGCUUGUAGGGCUGUUCACGUGCAUCUUCGUCAAGUCGACGCUUCGGGAUCGGAUACAAAACCUUAGCGCGGCAGAAGUCAAGCGUGGCAUGGGCGGCUUGCAUGGCAACAAGGGCGCUAUUGUCGUGCGGUUCAUGGUAGACGACUCCUCACUCUGCUUCAUCAACUGCCAUUUAGCCGCAGGCCAGUCGCAGGCCAACAGUCGGCACAAUGAUGUGGCUGCCAUUCUCGAGGCACAAAUUCUGCCGCCCGAGCGGGACCUCAGCGCUCGCCUCGAUAGCUACGUCGGUGGUGGAGACGGCACUAUGAUUCUGGACCACGAGCUUUGUCUUCUCAACGGCGAUCUCAACUACCGCAUCGACACGAUGUCUCGCGAUACUGUUGUCAUCGCUGUCAAGCAGAACAACCUGGCCAAGCUUCUCGAGAGGGACCAACUCCUUGUGGCGAAGCGGCGAAACCCAGCCUUUAAGCUGCGAGCCUUUGACGAAAUGCCGAUUACGUUUGCGCCGACUUACAAAUACGAUGUCGGCACGGAUAAUUACGACACGAGCGAGAAGAAGCGCUCGCCGGCGUGGUGCGACCGUUUGCUAUACCGCGGAGGUGGCAGGAUCAAGCAGAUCGACUACAAGAGACACGAGGUGCGAGUGUCCGACCAUCGGCCGGUCACGGGUCGGUUCAAGUUCACGGUCAAGAAAAUCCAGCCCAAAGCGCGAGCGAUGGCGUGGAUGGACUGCCAGCAGAGGUUCGAGGACCUCAAAUUGCGCGAAAUCAACGAUGACAAGAUGUUAUACCUGACGAACGUCAUCGGCUACGAUGAAGCCACAGCUCGGAGCAUUCUCCAGCCAAGGAACGACCGUAGCCUGAGUAGGUCAAGAGACGCAUGAACAUAGCAUACAGGAUACGACCCGAACUAGAGGAAAGGACACAGUGAGCCGUGGGCGGACGAAGCACGAAUGUUUUAACGAAUGACGGGGUUCUCUACUUUUACGACGGAGGUGGGGGGGGCGCUGGGAAAAGGAACUUGACGAAAGGCGGGUGGCUUCUUAAAAAACCAACUCUUGAGCGUCCCACGACUUUUGGCAUUUGAUGGCGUAGCUUAGACAGACGGAAGCAAGAAACGCAGGGUUUCGUUUGCCCGCCACGGCGAUGCCUGUCCCGGGUUCGAGGGGAACACAUCUGGGCACGGCGGGUAGUAGCGUGUGCUGGCCACCGUAUAGAGGGGGG